GGGGUCUACACAGGGGCUGAUGUAACAGUGUUUAUGACAAUAAUUGUGUUUUGAGAUAUAACACACCGUUUUGUUUUUGGUGCGAAAACUCAUUGUUUUGUCCACAAUAUUGUUAAGUCUCAAUCACUUUAAUUGGUCCCACAUUUUAGUGUUGUUGUUGAGGUGUGAUCUUUGUUUCGAUAUCAUCGUUAGAUUAGUUAUUGUUGUUGUUGUUGUGUGUAAGGUAUGGCAGUCCCGACAACACUGAUGGACAUCCAGAACAGCGAAAACUUUCGGACCAAUGAAGAGCCAAAGUUUCGGUCGCGAGUCAACAAAAUCAAAGUCGGUCGCAUCGAUUUAGGAGAAGUGACACCGCAUAACAUUAAACUACUUCGCCGACUAAAUCAAGUAAUAUUUCCGGUCAGCUAUAACGACAAGUUCUAUAAGGAUGUGUUAGAGGCCGGCGAGUUGGCCAAACUUGCCUACUACAAUGACAUUGUUGUCGGUGCCGUCUGUUGCCGAUACGACACAUCCGAUAACAGCCGUCGACUAUAUAUCAUGACAUUGGGUUGUUUGGCGCCAUAUCGGCGUCUGGGUAUCGGUUCCCAAAUGGUCGAACACGUACUAAAGAUUGCCGAACUGGACGAUGCAUUGGACAGUAUUUUCCUACACGUUCAGGUCAACAACGACGGUGCCAUUGAUUUUUAUAAGAAGUUCGGCUUCGAGAUUGUCGAAACCAAAGAGCAUUAUUACAAGAGGAUAGAGCCGGCAGACGCACACGUACUGCAAAAGACAUUGAAAAAGGGCCGCAAAAGUCAAAAGUCAGGCGAAGACCAGUGAAUGAAGUGAAGAAAGGUCUCAAAUCUACAAUUUUUUUAUAAGUUAUAUAUAGAUUAAGAUAUUCUUUAUUAUUAUAAACUAUUGUUUUAAUUAUUAUAAUUCAUUUGAUUGUAUUGUGUGUGUGAAGUACUUUGCGGUAUAUUUUUAAGAUUUAUUUUAAUUUUUGUUU